AUGCCUAUCUCCAUCCCAAAAGCUGAAUCCCUCAAGGACCUCUUCUCCUUAAAGGGAAAGGUUGUCAUCAUCACCGGUGCUUCCGGACCCAAGGGAAUGGGUAUCGAAGCCGCACGAGGAUGUGCCGAGAUGGGUGCUGAUGUCGCCAUCACAUACUCUUCCCGUCCAGAGGGAGGUGAGAAGAACGCCAAGGAAUUGGCCGAGACAUAUGGUGUCAAGGCUAAGGCAUACAAGUUGGACAUUGGUGAUUAUGCUAGCGUAGAGAAGUUGGUUGCCGAUGUUGUCAAGGAAUUCGGAAAGGUCGAUGCUUUCAUUGCCAACGCUGGUAGAACUGCUGAUAGUGGUAUUCUCGAUGGAACCGUCGAGGCUUGGAACGAGGUCAUCCAAACCGAUCUUAACGGAACCUUCCACUGCGCAAAGGCUGUUGGACACCACUUCAAGGAGCGUGGAACCGGUUCUUUCGUCAUCACCGCUUCGAUGUCCGGUCACAUCGCCAACUUCCCACAAGAACAAACCUCAUACAACGUUGCCAAGGCAGGAUGCAUUCACAUGGCACGCUCCCUCGCCAACGAAUGGCGCGACUUCGCCCGUGUCAACUCUAUCUCCCCAGGUUACAUUGACACUGGUCUUUCCGACUUUGUCGACCAAAAGACUCAAGCUUUGUGGAAGUCCAUGAUCCCUAUGGGUCGUGAUGGUGAAGCCAAGGAGUUGAAGGGUGCCUAUGUCUACUUGGUAUCUGAUGCUUCCACCUAUACCACUGGAGCUGACAUCGUUAUCGACGGUGGUUACUGCUGCAGAUAAAUGUAUUAUAUCUGUUUUUUCAUGACAUGACUGGGAUGAAAGGAAUGGCUGGGUUUUGGAGUUUGCCACAAAAAUGAUGGCUGAUAUUUUAGCGACAUUCGAUUGAAAUGAAAAGCAAUUUUUUCUCGAUAAUAUUUUUCCUUUGAGUGAAUACAACAUGAUUAUAUGCGAU